UGGAUGUUGUGAAACAUGUCAGGCAAUGCUAAACAUUUUGACUGAAGAUGAAAAUGAUGACCGCCCUGGUAAGUGUACCUAUUGGUUUGUUUAAAAACUAUUUGCAUAAUUUUUUGUCAGAUGUUAUACUGUUAUAUAAUUUGUGAAAAGUUAAUAUUUUCAGGAACUUGCUUAUGUAACUUCUCUAUGUAAUUUCUUGUUCAACAAGGUUAUUUUUUAACAGUUAUAGGCUUGAAAUAAGGUUUUAACAAAAACUAAAUAGUAGUUGCCCUUGGACCUUGAAGAAAUUAGUUAGUAAAAAAAAAAAUUAAUAAAAUGAGACCAACGCAAUUUAUGAUAAUGUGUAUAGAGCUCUAAUAUGUUGGGUAUUCAAUUGGUGUGUUUGGGAUUGGUUUUUUUUUUAUUCUAUGUUUUUUGAUAGUUUCAAAUAUGCUCAACCCAAAGGAACGAGUUCCUAGUCCAAAUUUGCAUGCUUUAAAGUGCACAACAUUUGGUUCUUCAUCACCAAUUCAAUUGGAUGUGCCACUUAUAUCUCCAUGGAAAAAAAGUAAAGUGGGCUGUAUAAUACAGCCAAGAUCGAAUGAAGAUUUCCAACAAUCAUUGGAUUUAGAAUUGAACCACUUUAACAAAAAUCCAACAUCUUUCAAUAUAGGUGAUGGUGGUGUUUCAUUUAAGGAAAUGACAAAUAAACAGUUUCAGUAUGCCAUGCUAAUGAAGCUAGAUUUGCUGCAGCAAAAUCAACUUAGAAUAACGGAGCGUUUGGACAACAUAGAAACAAAGCCAAAAAGUUGUACUACUGAUGAAGGUUCCAUAAUUACAAUCCCACACAGAGAUAUGAGGUGUUUUAAUGAAGAAGAGGAAACUCUCAAAGCAAGUUCUAGUGCUGUGAAAAACAAGGUAUAGACAUUAAAUUUUCCA